UGAUAAUACAAUAUUUCCAGACAUAACUAAAAUACAAAUAACAUUUCCCGCUUUACACUUUGUGAUGGGGCAUUGCUGAAUUUAGAUAAAGUAAUAAUAUAUCUAAAUAAGUGUUGUCGGAACUUUUUGUGCAAACCUCUUGCCAACAAUAGAGCAUGCUGUAAAGUUUAUCAACAUCGCUCCAGAGUCGCGAUGUCAGAAAAUACACACAAAAGUACAUUGCCAGUGAAAAUCCUUUUGCCAGCAUCGGGAAAGCUAUUUUUCCAGCAUAAGCCGGACUUUGUGUUCUGCAAGCCCCACUUGAUGCCCCUGAAGUCAAUUACUGUGGAAAAGUUGGAGAAAAUGCAGCUAGAAGCGCAGAAAUUGAGGUGCAAAACAGCCCAGAGUUAA